AAACUGCUUCAAAUGAACCAAAUAUGAGAGACCACGAAAAAGUGACAUAUCACAAUAACGAUAGAUUAUGGUGCGCAUUUUCUGAUAAGAACUAGUCCAGUUUGCUCCAUGGGACAACACGCAGGGCUCACGCUUGUAGCAACUUGACCAAUUCAAUGUUUGGGGUGAUGUUUAAUACCAGACAACCUUCAUGAUUUCACACUAACGAUAAUUGACAUAAUUUGGAUGGAAAGUUAGUUUGCUAACAAGCCAGCUCGCUAUAGCUAUAAAACCAAGCACCCAAAAUGCAAUCAGCUGAUAUGCAGCAUCUUCCAGGUCAUGUGACCAACCCCUCCUGGGUUUCAGAAGGGGUCUCCAGAUAGGUAGCUCGAGCUGUUCACUUGUAUGGAACCAGAUAUCGCCUCUUCCUCUCACAACCAGUACAAUAUCGACGGUAGGAAAAAUACUGCUUUCCCAAGACAUGCCCCUCUAACGAACCUCUUUGAUGUAAAUACUACCGAGCCAGGAAUCACAGCUUUUACAGUGUCUCUGGAGGAGGAAUCGAAGAGGCAGCAGGAGGAUCCACCCAGCACCAGCGGACCAACCAUGACCUCUGACACUGACCAUCGUCAAGACGGCCCACGUCCAGUUCUCUCCAGGAUAUCAGCGAGCACCUCUGAGGAGGAUGUUCUCUGUCCUAUUCCACCUCUCCCCCCGGGACCUGAUUCUCGGUACGAGAGAAUUGGAGGCCAAACAGGGACUUCUUUUCUACAGACCCUGAUCCACCUCCUGAAAGGGAACAUCGGUACGGGGCUGCUAGGUCUCCCUCUGGCUGUCAGGAACGCAGGCCUUGUGUUAGGACCUCUGAGUCUGUUUGCCAUGGGGAUAAUAGCAGUCCACUGUAUGAAUCUGCUUGCAAAAUGUUCCCACCACCUCAGUGCAAAGUUGAACAAGCCCUUUCUGGACUAUGGUGAUGCUGUGCAGUAUGGUAUGGAGAAUGUCUCGUGGCUGAGAAGGCACUCAAUAUGGGGGAGGCGGAUAGUGAACGUGUUUCUGAUCAUCACCCAGCUGGGUUUCUGCUGUGUCUACUUCGUCUUCCUCAGUGACAACGUCAAACAGGUGGUGGAGGCUUCUAACGGGACAACCAUGAACUGCCACAACAACCAGACGGCUGUGACCGUCCCCAGCUUUGACUCCCGUCUCUACAUGUUGUGUCUCCUGCCAGCCGUUAUACUCCUGGUGUUCACCCGCAACCUGAAGUACCUGGCCCCACUCUCUCUGGCAGCCAACCUGGCCAUGUGUACAAGUCUGGUCCUCAUCUACUUCUUCUGCUUCACGAACAUCCCAAAUCAUAUCAACCUGCCCAAGGUGGGUCAUGCCAAAGACUACCCUCUCUUCUUUGGAACGGCCAUCUUUGCAUUCGAGGGGAUAGGAGUGGUCCUUCCCCUGGAGAACAAGAUGCAGAAGCCUCAGAGUUUCAAUAUGGUUCUAUGUCUGGGUAUGGGCAUCGUCACCUUCCUCUAUAUCAGCUUGGGGACCACAGGGUACAUCACCUUUGGAGAGGCCAUAGGGGGAAGUAUCACCCUUAACUUACCCAACUGCUGGAUGUAUCAGAUUGUAAAGCUUCUCUACUGUUUCGGUAUCUACAUCACCUUUGCCCUUCAGUUCUACGUGCCAGCUGCGAUCCUGAUUCCUCCUGUGUUGUCCCGCUUCUCAGAGAGAUGGGAACUGACGGUUGAUCUCCUGAUCCGCACUGCGCUCGUAGUCUUCACCUGUGUACUGGCCAUAUUGGUCCCCCAGCUGGACCUGGUCAUCUCUUUAGUGGGGUCCGUCAGCAGCAGUUUCCUGGCUCUCAUCUUCCCGCCACUCCUCCAGAUCCUCACCUACCACAACGAAGGUCUGUCUCCCUGGGUCAUCGUCAAGAACACCCUGAUCUCUGUCAUCGGCUUCCUCGGCUUCAUCACCGGCACCUAUAUAUCCAUCACAGAGAUCAUCAAACGCAACGGCAGACAUGACAAUCUGGAUGUGACCUUCUUCCAGGUCCAGUGAGAGAUCUAGUGAGGAAGAGGAGGAUAUCUUGACAGUGGUUGGGUCUGGCAAACAGUGAAGGCUGGCGGGUGGAUAAAAUCUGAAGACAGGCUCAUUUUAGUAUGGAUGGUACCUUCCUUCGAUUUAGUGACACCAGCCUCCACUGCUGUCAAACAAUCACAGUUAAAAGAUGUCUUCACCCUGACUUCAGACAUGUGUUUUUCUCACUUGCUCUAUUGUCCAUUGAUUAAACAUUUAUUGAUAUUGUGA